AGUUACGGUGGUGAAGCAGCGGUUAGUGUACUCUCGCCGGAGAAAUCGGUUAUAACCGGAAUCACACCUCCGUGAUCGAAGAAUCUGUUUUCCGUUUGAUAGUUUUCGAAGUUUUUGAGAAGAAAUGGAAAAACAGGCGAAACUAACGAGGACACAGUCGUCGUUGCUCCGGUCAUCGUCGAAUCUUCGUUCGUCAUUUCAAAGCUUAUCUUCAAUCGUCGAAGGCGAACAAGAUCUAGAAGCCGGAGAGAAAGAAGAGAAACAGAGAAGAAAACCACCUAAACCAUUCGGUUCAUCAAGUCCCAAAUCCGGUUUAACCCGGAUAAAUCCCGGUUUAGCUUUCACUAUGGUAUCUCUCUCUUUCCUCAGUCUAUCAUCGUUCUUCUUCUUCGUCGUCUUCUCACAAACCGAUGAGAUUCUCACAUCGGAGAAUCUUUUACUAGCUUUAAUCUUCGUCGCCGUAGCUCUCUUCUUCGCCUCCAAGAACAUCGCUCUUCUCAACCAAACCGUAAUCGCAAUCAAACAAAUCUGCGACGAAACCACCAAAAACUUUCAGGGAAGAAACUCGAAAUCAAAACCGGUACAAUGGUACAUCGGAGACGAUUCUAAACCGGAGAAGAAGAUCAUAAAGAGAUUCGUUAAAGAAGGAGUUCAAUUCUACAGUAAUGGAGAUUUCUACGAAGGUGAAUUUCACAAAGGGAAGUGUAACGGAAGUGGUGUGUAUUACUAUUUCGUGAGAGGAAGAUAUGAAGGAGAUUGGAUUGAUGGGAGAUAUGAUGGUCAUGGGAUUGAGAGUUGGGCUAGAGGAAGUAGAUAUAAAGGUCAAUAUAGACAAGGUCUUAGACAUGGUUAUGGAGUUUAUAGAUUCUACACUGGUGAUUGUUAUGCUGGUGAAUGGUUUAAUGGUCAAAGCCAUGGUUUUGGUGUUCAAUCUUGUGCUGAUGGUAGCUCUUAUGUUGGUGAGUCUAGAUUUGGUGUUAAACAUGGUCUUGGUUCUUACCAUUUCAGAAAUGGAGAUAAGUAUGCAGGAGAGUAUUUUGGAGACAAGAUUCAUGGGUUUGGUGUGUAUCGAUUUGCUAAUGGUCAUUGUUAUGAAGGAGCAUGGCAUGAAGGUCGUAAGCAAGGGUUUGGUGCUUACUCGUUUAGAACAGGUGAUGCUAAAUCUGGUGAAUGGGAUUCUGGGAAGCUUGUAACUUCUCUUCCUCUUACGAGUGAGCCAGUUUCAAGAGCGGUUCAGGCGGCUCGAGAAACAGCGAAUAAGGCAGUGAAUCGGAGACGAGUAGAUGAGCAGGUGAGCCGAGCCGUGGCUGCAGCUAAUAAGGCUGCUACGGCUGCAAGAGUGGCUGCUGUGAGAGCCGUUCAGAAUCAAAUGGAUGAGGUUUGUAACAGAGAGUAAUUUUCGAUCUUUUUACUGAUGUAACAAACUGUAAAUAGUUGAAGAAGCUGGUGUUUUUACUUUUGUUGUAAAUCCAACGGCUUGAAAUGGAGCUUUUUUAGUUUUGUUUUGUUUUGGUUUUGAUCGAAUCUUUGGGAACAAGUGAUUUUGAUUGAUAUUAUGAUUCUUGAUCUGGAUCACUGACAAUAUCGAUUCCCUUUAGAUAUUAAACAAUGAAAUAGCAAAUUGUUU